UUGAUUCCAUAUGAAAUUGGGGUGAAGCAAUGCAUGCCCCCACUAUAAAUUGAGGAAGAGUAGACAAUGGCAUUUUGGGGGACCUCUAACCACAAGACAAAUAAAAGUAAAAGAAUAUCUUUGGGAGUUAAGCAAAGGGAAUCAUCAUCAUCACAAUAAUCUUGUUACCCAGGUGGUUGGUUCAGAGUAGUAAUAAAUGGUGUGCUUUUGUUUUCUGGUGGAUCAGAGGAGGAAAGUGCGGCGGAGCAAGCCGGUGGCAGGGUCGUGCUCACGGUGCGGCCGGGGUGCUAGCGUGGUUGAUAUCAUCACACAAACCAGGUUUUGUUAUGUUCCCUUUUACUGCAAAUCUUGGAAGGCUAUUAUGUGCACCUUUUGUGGUGCCAUUCUCAAAUCUUAUGCAUGAUUCAUUCAACCAAACCGUAUAAUUAAAUCCCUUCUCUCCACCUUCACCACAUGCAUGUUUUCCAAUUUUUACUGGAUUAGUUGAUUUUCUUAUGAUUUUGCCUACUUAAUUAGCUUAAACAUAUUUGGAUUAGUUUUUUUUUUUUUUAUUGUUAGGUUUAAUUUCUUCUUGUUAUAUAUAUACACUGAUGGA